AUGUCGUACGCGUAUCUGUUCAAGUAUAUUAUCAUUGGUGACACUGGCGUUGGCAAGUCGUGUCUUCUGUUACAAUUCACGGAUAAGCGUUUUCAGCCUGUGCAUGACCUUACGAUUGGCGUUGAGUUUGGUGCACGCAUGAUUAGUAUUGAAAAUAAGCAGAUCAAACUUCAAAUUUGGGACACGGCUGGACAAGAAUCAUUUCGCUCCAUUACGCGUUCAUACUACCGCGGUGCCGCCGGUGCUCUUUUAGUCUACGAUAUCACCCGACGUGAGACCUUUAAUCACUUGACGAGGUGGUUAGAGGAGGCGCGACAGAAUUCGAAUUCAAAUAUGGCUAUCAUGUUAAUUGGAAACAAGAGCGACUUGGAGCACCGUCGGGCGGUAAGCUUUAAAGAAGGGGAGCAAUUUGCCAAAGAGAAUGGACUUAUCUUUCUUGAAACGUCUGCCAAAACUGCUGCAAAUGUAGAAGAUGCAUUUGUCAAGACAGCUUCGAAGAUUCAUUCGAACAUUCAAUCGGGCGUCUGUGACGUGACCAAUGAGGCACAUGGCAUCAAAGUGGGCAUGACGGGCUCGCCAGGCCCUGGCGGUUUUGGUAACACGAAUCCUCCUGCUAACAGAGGUUGCUGUUAA